AUGCCGCCCAAACCCGCGCCCCGGCUCUUCCAAUACAUCUCCAACAAGUCGCGCAAGCCACCGCCUCCGCCGCCGCCGCCGCCCGCUGCCGCAUCCGCUGCCGCCGCCAUCCACGAAGGCCCCGCGUCCGAUGCCGACGCCGACGCCGACGAGGUGUACCGCAUCGUCACGUCCGCGGCCACGCCGUCCGCGAUGGAGUCCGCGCUCGCGGCGUCCGCCGUCCCGCUCUCGUCCCCGCUCCUCGACGCCGUCAUGCGCCGCUUCCGCUUCGCGCACGGGGACCCGCUCCGCGCGCUCUCGCUCCUCUCCCUCGCCGCCGACCGCGGCGGCGUUGCGCCGUCGCCCUACGCCAUCGACACCGCGCUCUACGUGCUCGGCCGGGCCCGCCGGUUCCCGCACAUGUGGGACCUCCUCGCGACCACCCGCCGCAUCUGCCCGGACGCCGUCACCCCGCGCACCGCCAUGAUCGUCCUCGGCCGCGUCGCCAAGGUCUGCUCCGUCCACGAGACCGUCGCCUCCUUCCGCCGCCUCGCGCGGAUGUUCCGCGCCGUCGACCCGGCCGGCCUCUUCAACGCGCUGCUCCGCACGCUCUGCCAGGAGAAGAGCAUGUCCGACGCGCGCAACGUCUUCCACGUGCUCAAGUACGAGUUCCGGGUGAACCGCCACACCUUCAACAUCCUCCUCUCUGGCUGGAAGUCGGCCGAGGACGCCGAGGCGUUCGUCGCCGAGAUGCGGGAGCUCGGGGUGGAGCCCGACCUGGUGACCUACAAUAGCUUGAUCGAUUGCCACUGCAAGAACCGGGACGUGGAGAAGGCCUACAAGCUGCUCGACGAAAUGCGGGAGAAAGACAUUUCCCCUGAUAUUAUCACUUACACAAGCUUGAUUGGUGGGCUGGGGUUGAUUGGCCAACCUGACAAGGCAAAAGAUUUGCUCAAGGAGAUGCAUGAGCUAGGGUGCUACCCAGAUGUCCCUGCAUACAACGCAGCGAUAAGGAAUUUUGUUAUAGCGAAGAGGCUUGGGGAUGCAUUCGCGCUGAUGGAUCAAAUGGCCUCAAAGGGACUGAUGCCGAAUCCCACAACUUAUAACCUUUUCUUCAGGUGCUAUUACUGGGCUUUCGACGUUGGCAGCACAUGGCGGCUAUAUGAGCGUAUGCGGUCUGAAGGAUGUUUCCCAAACACGCAGUCUUGCAUGUUCAUUAUCAGGUUGUGCCACCGGUACAGGAAGGUGGUACAGGCACUUGAGCUAUGGAGUGAUAUGGUCAGCAACAGGUUUGGAUCAUUCACGUUGGUGUCAGAUGUGCUGUUUGACCUGCUGUGUGAUGAGGGGAAGUUGGAGGACGCUGAGAGGUGCUUCUGUCAAAUGGUUGAGUUAGGGCAAAGGCCCAGUAAUGUUGCGUUUAGAAGGAUAAAGAUACUUAUGCAGCUUGCCAAGCAGGAAGAAUCAAUUGCCAGGUUAACUGAAAUGAUGGCACAAUUUGGUCGACUGGCACCUGAAGAUUGUCAAAGAGUCCAACACUCUGUUGAAAGCAGGCCUAGCAAUGGUGAUGCAGCUGAUGCUGAUAUAUCGAGAGCAGCUUAG